AGGUAGCUGGGUGCAUUUCCGCCCGCCAGAGUUAUUUGCAUGCUGCUGGGGUUCCUAGUGCUAACUGUCUACCGAGCCCUUAUGAGUUUGACCUCGACGCCCCAGAAUAUGCGGCCCAGCCCGCCCACCGUAUCCACCGUUGUAGAGUUGAAUAUCGGAGGCCAGAUCUACACCACCACCAUGGGGACUCUGAGAAAACUCCCAGGCUCAAAGCUGACAGAGAUGUUUUGUAGCUCAACCAAGGCCUGCACUGACGCAGAGGGCCGCUUCUUCAUCGAUCGCCCUGGCACCUAUUUUGGGGCCAUUCUGGACUACCUACGCAGUGGGCAGGUGCCUACACAGCACAUCCCUGAGGUAUACCGUGAGGCUCAAUUCUAUGAAAUCCAGCCUUUGGUCAAGCUCUUGGAGGACACGCCCCAGAUUUUUGGUGAGCAGGUGGCGCGGAAGCAGUUCUUGCUGCGAGUGCCUGGCUACAGUGAGAAUCUAGAGCUCCUGCUGCGUCUGGCAAGGGCAGAGGCCGUGGCAGUACGCCAGUCAAGUGUGGUCGUGUGUGUGAUGCGCACUGAGGAGGAAGCCACAAGGUGUGCCCAGCCCCUGCAUUCUCUGGAGGCCAGAAAGAUGCCAGUUGUCAAGUUUGGGCCCUGGAAGGUAGGCCCAGAAAUCAAGGACCUUCUGUACUGUGUGGAGAUGGACAUUAAGGCCCAGGGCUACCAGGUGUCCUGUGGGAGCUACUACCUGGAUCAUGCACACCGGGCCAAGGUCACUGAUUGCUUCCAUAUAUUCACCUUCACCUGGUGGUGAUCCCCAGAGUCUGGGACUGUGUUAUGGGCUCUGGUGGGGCUCACGAAAUUAAAAAGUUGUCAUCAAAAGCCAUCUUCCUUUUAUUUAACAUAUAAACAUCAAACAAUUUCCAAGUUUAGCUUAGGGCCUUGCCCCCAAAUAUUUAUACAUACCUUUUCUCAACUUUCCACUCCUUGCACCUCACCCUUGUACACUUGCCUAGAAGAUUCCAGCUGUUCCCUCUUCAAAGCUUCAUGUACUUGCCAGCCCCUUAAUGUACAAUAACAAGACUAAGAUAAACAGGAAUGUUUCAACAGUGCUUUGCGGGAGAUGCAGGAUGACAAAAGGAAAAUACAGGACAUCAUGAAUCUAGAUAGUUUGACCUAAAGAUGUAAUCUUCCCAUCCUCAAGUGAUGCCCUAGUUCAUCCAUACCUGGAACAUGCCUUCCUGAGGAAAAUCUCGUUAGUACCUGUAGUAGAUGCUUCCCAGAUUGCCUUCACCAGUAGCUGUAUGUGUUUGUGGAAGCCCCAUAGCUGUCCUCUUCUCUAGAACAGUAUUUUUCAAAGUAUGAUAUCUGCAUUCUUUGGGAACUUGUUAGAAAUAUACAUUCUCAGGCUCCACUUCAGACAUACUGAGUUAGAAUCUCUGAGCAUCAGCCUAGCAUCCUAGUUUACCAGGCCCUCUGGAUGAUUCUGUUUGUAUAUGUGGUACUAGGGAUUGAGUCCAGGACCUUGGGUGUGCUAGGCAAGUGAUCUACUACUGAGCUACAUCCCCAGCUCCCUCUGAGUGGUUCCAAUCACUCUUAAUUUUGAGACAUUCUGGUAAAAAAGCUGGGUGCUGUGGUGCACACCUAUGAUCCCAGCUAUUCAGGAGGCUGAGGCAGGAGGAUUGUAAGUUUGAGGCCCACCUAAUACCUUAGUAAAACUGUCUCAAAAUAAACAAAUAAAAGGCUGGAGAUGUAGCUUGGUAGAACAACCCUGGGUUCAAUUCCCAGUACCUCAAGAAAAAGAAAACAACUUCCACCUCUCAGACAAAAGUAUAAAAGACUGGCCCCUGACUUACAUAAGGAAAAAAAUUUCCCCAGUACUGGGGAUUGAACCUGGGGGAACCCUACCCUACUGAGUUGUAUCAUUCCUUUUUGAGAUAGGGUCUUUCUAAGUUGCCAAGGCUGACCUUGAAUUUGUGAUCCUCUUGCCUCAGCCUUCUAAAUUGUUUCCGUGCUGAGCUUCAAUUUUCUUCAAGUUUCUGUUGCAGAGUUUCUUGUGAGAUCAGGCUGGGGUCAGUCUUACUUGGAAGCACAUUCUUGUUUAGCUUGUCUACAUUGCUCCUACUCCCUUUCUAAGAGCACUAAUUCUUCAAUAAACCACUUGUAAAAGA